AUGUUGCACUCACUGAACGCACUCGCCGGCAAGAUAUCGCCGGGCGGCGGCCUAGACUCGAAUGCUAACAGACACACGCUGCCCAACAAGAAUCACAGGAAUAUGUCGCCGUCCUCGCCCUACACCAAGCCGAAUGGGUUGAACAUGAACAUCAACAACAAUAACAACAACACCAGCUUGAACAACAACAUCAGCAACAACAACAACAAUGAGGAGAAGCCUGACAUGCCUGACCCCGAUUACAUCAAGAUGUUCGUGGGUCAGGUGCCUCGGAGUAUGGACGAAAACGACCUCAGGCUGAUGUUCGAGGAGUUCGGCCGGGUGCACCAGAUCAACGUGCUGCGGGACAAGAUCACCGGCGCGAGCAAAGGGUGCUGUUUUGUGACGUUUUUCACUCGCAAAGCGGCGUUGAAAGCGCAAGACGCUUUGCACAAUAUCAAAACGUUGAGUGGGGUAGAUUAUCAACAGAGACAGAACAAGGAGUAA